AUUAUAUUCAAGGAUACAAAAAUCUCAUCAGUUGAAGAUUUACAUCAUUAUUUAUAAAAUAUGUAUUUUACAUAAUAAAUUCUAAUACGUAUAUUUCGUCAGAUUGGGAAAACUUUCAGCGAGUGAAUUAUAAAAUGAUUGCACACUGUUUAUUUAUCAUGUAGUUAGUACGAACAGGGUUUCAUAUACGUACACACAUACUGUUAAAUGUAGUGUGGCUGUUUGUACUUUCAAAGCCGGCAAAACAUGGACUCGUUUAAAACGUUUAUGAAUAUUUUUGAACGGGCUGUAGCAGAAAGAAACAGUAGCAAUCUUACAGAAAUUUUACGAAGUAGUAGGAAAUACUUUCAAAAUAUAGUGAAAGCUGACAGUGAAUUGCUGCUGUCCAUAUUGUUCGAUUCCAAGAAAGGUUUGUUACACUUUCUUUAUAAUGAACUUAGAAGGCCUACUCCCCAAAAAGGUUUUGAUACAGCGAUCAAGGAAUCAUUUCAUCUACUUGAAUUCAUCAUGGAACAAUUUUCUGAGAUAUUUGUACCUUACAUCACCGAAACCAAGAAUACAUGCCAACAGGCACUCGUAACACGAUGUUCAGCAUUUAUUCAAAAAGCUGCCUGCAGUACCUUUAAUAAAUUGAUAGAGUUAUUUAAAGAAUACGAAAUUGAAUUAGGGGAGACUGUAAAAAAAUUUGUGUGUUUACUUCAUUCAUUGGAUAUCAAAGAGAGGAGCUUGUUACUAUCAGUAUGCAGCACGAUUGCAAGACAUAAUCUAGAAGUUCCAGAAAUACAGGAACAUUCUAAUAUAAUACUUCAACAACUACAAAAUGACUUCAGAAAACAGUAUAAUUCGUCACAGUCGACUGAUAUAUUUCAAAUGUACUUCGAUAUUUUCUCCAAUAUGUUGUAUUUGCUUUCAACCGAAGAGAAAGAGAGGUGCUGCGAAGAAUUAUAUAAAUGGAUCAAAGAUCUUGGUUCCCCUGCAAAGUACACAGUUAAAAAAGUUUCGAUGAGAGCGGCGAUCAAUUUAUUGUCCAAUCAUAUCUAUCUAUUUCGUGAAUUUAUUUAUAACGAUUAUAAAUAUUGGUACGAGUUGUUAACAAAACUUGUCGGAGAUAAAAAUCUAGAUUGUAGCGAGUGCGGGGAACGCGCUUUAAAAAAGUUUUAUCAAUUAAUGGGGAACAUCUUAAAGCACAAAACUUCCGAGGACGACAAAACAGUAUUCUUGUAUUUUAAAGAUCAUUUUGAGCAACAGCUGAAAAAUAAUAAAAAUAUAGAUUCUAAGAUAUUACGUUUUAUUGUAUAUGGCUUUAGUCAAAUGGCUGCACCGUGUAAAUGGUAUCUUACUAAUAAUGAUGUAAAGGAUAUGUUCUCAGUGAUAACUCAUUGCGCGAUGCCACUCUGUUCUGGAGAAGAUUUACAUCAAUCAGACUUAGAAAGUAUUUAUAAUUACCAAGACGCUCUUUCCGAAAUAAUAUUGCAUACAUCAGUCCUCUCGAUCAAGCAAAUUAAUGCGAUUCUAAAGCUUAGUAUUCUUUUGGUAAAACGAUUUCCUGACCUCUCUAUAACCAGCCAAAAUCCUGCGAUUACAUCGUUGAUAAAUACAAUCAUUAAUGUUGGGGUAGUUAGUAGAAAUUUCUUGGAAGAAUUUCUUUAUAAUUUAAUUCAGAAUGGAAUAAUAUGGUCUUGUUCUCAUACUAUGCUUGUUGAUGCGGAAUUGCAACGAGGACUGCGUAAUCUCGAGGAGCUACCGAUGUGUUACAAAAGUUAUUUGCCUUUAUGGUUGCAAAUCCUGAAGCCAUACAGAUACAAAGGACACAGACAAAUUCUGCAAGAAGUAGUUGAUUCCAUGAUACACGUGUGCACUGUAUCGAUCAGUAAACUGAACUUGAAUACAAAAACGAAAGAAGAUAACGUAUACUCGGAUGCAGCCUUCUCCCAAAUCGCUGAGAACGAGGCCGAUUUUAGGAUCUUCGUUAACAUCGUAGAUCUGUACGUCGAUGUGAUCAACGAACUAGAGUCUUCCUUGUUGCUAAACUCUAUGCACAAAUUCUUGUUAAAAAUUAUUAGCAUGUCUUAUAAGUAUCCUCUAAUAUCAGGAUUUUACAAGUUGGUACACGCAACGUUCAAACAUAUUUGCAACUUGACCAAGGACGAAAUCGAAUCAGAAAUAUUAGAACUACUGUACAAGUAUUUAAUCAACGUGCUGAAUUUAAUUUCAACAUUUUCUAACGAACUGUUGACCACGUGUUUGAAUUUAAUUCUGAACACGCCCGAAAUCUACGUAGAGCACAUAAUAAAGAGUACAAUCCCGGCGUUUAAAAUUGCAUUUACCGUGGGUCUGAGCGACUUCGAAGUAGCUUGCACUGCUUUAAACGCUUUGGAGUCGUGGACGAACCAUUUAGACAAUCAACGUACGAAUGGAUUAUUAAGAGAAGUUAUACCACUUCUAGAACCAUACUUACACAGCGAGGAAAGUUCUAUGGAAUUAUUGCAAGAUCUCAUAAAGACAGAGCGAAAAGUAAUCAAACGCAUAAUGUUGAGAGACGACGAGAACACUUUAGAAAGAUUUCAGAUGAGAGUUUUGUUGUUCAUUGCCUCGCUCGACACCGAUAUUAUACAAGAUUUCGUGCAUAAAAGAUCCAUGGACAUAGGAGCCACUUGGGGCAAGAAAGAUUUACUCAAGUACUCGUUGGUGUUGCCGGACACGGAAGUGAAUAUCAAUUUCGAUAAAAUUUUACCAAGACUGAUUCUAUUAGCUCAACACUCUGGAGACAGAAGAACGAAGAUAGUCGCCUGCGAAGCACUCCAUUCGGUGACAGCGUACUUCUUAGGGAAAAUGUCGCAGCAUUUGAUAUCCAGUCCCGAUCGAUUUGUAUCCAUGUACACGGUAUUGUGUCCAGCUCUGCUUAGUUUAGGCUGCGAUCACGACGAGGCAGCUAGCAAAAUUUUUCAACCCCUAAUGCUGCAAUUGACCCAUUGGCUGAGUUCGAAGUUCAUGAUCAAGUCUUCGGCGACCGCGUACUUUUUAGAUUCGCUGUUCGAGAGUUUAAGCGACGAUUCCAAGUCGUCGCUCAGAGAAUUUUCUGGCCUGUGCCUGGCCGAAUUUACCAAAUGGUCCAUAAAGCAGUCCGACACCGACAGAAGGACGCAGCUAAACACCGACGAAAUUAUACAGAAAAUGAUCAAUUUCGCGCUUCAUCCGUCUACGACCAAACGAGUGGCAGCCGCGACAGCUUUUAAUCAUCUUUACACUAUUUUACGCGAGGACGAGGAAAUCGUGUCCGUAUACUGGUUGGAGAUCUUGUACUCCUUUGUCAGAAGUUUGGACGGUUGCGAUAGUCCCUCGAUUAUCACUGCACUCGAUCAUGUCGAGAGAGUCCUAAUAACAAAAUGCGAGAUAUUCAAUUUAGAAUAUCACAUUCGCAGAAAACCAAAUGAUUUUGAAGAUUCGACUUUAAUCCAUGCAGUGAAUUGGUUGUUCACUCAGUGUGGCUGCUUAGACCAACGCUGUCGAGUAAAAUGCAUGGAGUUGGUUCUUAAACUUUCUGAAUACGCAAUGGACAUUGACUCUGCGCAUAUAAUGAUAAAUAAUUAUGUCGAUGAUCGUGGAAUCGAAGCAUUAAAUGUUAUAAUACUGAAGGACCUAAGCUCGAAAUUGGAAAAUCUUUCACGCAAUAGCCUUCUACCCCUUUUGAGAAGUUUCGAGUGUUACAUCUGGUUACUACGAAACAAUCUGAUCGAUGUACAAUAUUUAUUUGCAAGUUCAAAUUCGAAGAGGGAAGUAAUUUUUAAUUCCGCGAGGAAUUUCGUUCAUCUUGCGAAUAAAGUUAAAAUAGAACCAAAGGAAGACGAUUUAGUGAUGCUGUCGAAAGAGUUUGAAGAUUUACAGACGUUGCAGUGCGAAUUAAUAGUUGUUAUGUUCGACUUCUUGCAAAUUCUUUUGAGCUUUGAUGACAAUUUCGUACCGAAUUUUUUCUUCAACCAAGAUUUGUUUGAACUAAUCUCAAAGUGCAUAAUGUGUUCACAAGUCGUAGGGUUUGAUAUGAAGAAUUUCGAAGUCACAGAGGCGGUCCCAUCGGUUAUGGGAAAUCUGUUGCGAUCAAUGGCGCAGAAAACGGACGACACUUUGAUCAAUCGUGUUAAAGAGAAAUUGUCCGUACACGUGGAAAAACAUAUGAACAGUUUCAUCGAUUUAGAUAAUAUUUUGUUUGGCACCGAUAGUUGCAAUAAACUGAAACAAUAUGUUCAGGGUUUAAAAUUUCUGGAACACCAUAAUAUUCUCAAUCAGCUAUGUAACGCAACGCAAUUGAUCGAACAGCCGGAAGUCAAAGUUACACGCAUUUUCAAUGCUUUAGCAAAAGAACAAAUAGGUGAACUUGUUUGUGUAAAUAUCAGACUAACUGCAAAAGAUUAUCUACAGAUCUUGAUGGAACUGCUACUCACACAUUAUAGGCCGUCGAUGACAAAGAUGUUGAUCGAAUUAAUUGAAACUGAUACAAUGCUCGAGGAAAAUUCGACAAAAAUCGAGCAUGGUAUAUGCUUUUUGAAUUUGUUUACGAAUGAAAUAUUCAGAUACAUGUUGAGGGACACAGAACAGACCAUGCAGGUGUUCGAUGAGGUGCUGCAAAAGAAUCCGUCUUAUUUGUUAAUAAUAACAGAGCAGUUGUUCUUAUUUGUGCAACGACAUAAAAAAGAAUUGCGCGAGUGUGCAGAGAGUUUAGCGGACGCUGUCGUUAAAAGAUUUACAAUAUUCGAAAAAGCUGUGAAUAAUUUGGAAGACAGGAAACAAAAGUUGAUAAGCAUUUACGGGAUCGCCGUGCAUUUAAAGCGCGAGCCAACGGAAACGGUGUCUCUGAGCAAAGAAUUUUACUCGUGGAUUCUCACUCAAUUGACGGAGAAUUCCAGUAUAGAGUACAAGACUUACAUUCUGCAAAAUUUCCUCGUUUGCUUGACCGACAUAACGUCCAAAGCGAAACCAGAAUUGCUCGUUAUUCUACGAACUCUGCGAAACGACAGACUCGCGACACGCGCGGAAGAUUACUCGCAAAGAAACAUGGAAGCUUUAAAAAUAAUCAAUUGCUUUCAAACGUUAUUAAAAUUGUUACCAGUAACUAAAUCAACCGCCGUGUUUGAGUUUGUAAUUUUAUUCACGGCUGGGAUCGCCGAACAUUUGUGCAACAAAGACACGAACGAGUACCUGGAAAAAUACUGCAAUUCGAUCACCGUCGACUACGCGUUGGAAUCUAUAGAAGCGGCUUUCAAAUUGUUCAUGAACGUGAACUCUGAAUCGAACGAGAGAUUCGACAAAUUGCGCAGAUUUCUCCUGCCUUUAUUCGAGUUUUGCAGAACCGCCGAAAUACGUAGAUUCUUCGAGAGAAAUAUCAAAGAGAUAUACACCACAAUUCGCCAAAGUCUCAUUGGAAAUAGUUCGGAUAUCAAGCAGCUUAUAAUUUCAAAAAUAGGCUGCUACGACCUUGUCGCGAAAAUGUUCGCAAAGAUACAUAUGGAUGAAAUUAACGACACUGAGAGCGCCAUUGCACGAAACGCCAUCGACAACGUGGUAACUGGAAAAGAAUUUUUACAAAGCUUGUACAGCAGCGCGUUGAACGUGCGUAUGUUGAAGACACCCGAUCCAGAACACAAGGAAAUGAUGAGAUUGCUGCAUUGUUCAGCGUACAACUGUUCCAUAGCGAUUGUAGCUUUAAAAGAAGACGAGGACUCCUACGUAAGCGUAUUCGCCGAGAACAAGAAGAAGGAACAAUUGAUCUGGGAGAAUAUCGUGGAUUGUCGGAAGAAUUACAACCUCCGGCAGACAUUCAACGAAUACCCAAAGUAUCGUAAGAAGCUAAUCAACAUAAGGAAAAGUAUAAGACAAAGACAGAAUCUCGAACGAUACUCGUACAUUUAUAGUUACGAUCUGUCUACUUGCACAUUAAACGAAGAUAUAAACGCAUACGAUUUUAACGAAAUGACCGUAAGCAAUGCGCCUAACGACACAAAGAAGGAAGAAAGUAUGAAAUUAACGCUAGAAAUCGACGAGUUGAAUAAUCACGAAUGCAUGGACUCCAUUUGUGGGGUUUUACGUCACAUGAUAACGGAAAGAAUAUCUACACCGUCCGUCGAUGGCGAUGUCACGAUACCAAAAUGGCUGCUAUGCUUUUGCAAUACUCUCAAGUCGACAAGUCACGACAACGUAAAGAUAUUCAUGCUGAAAAUUGUCUGGAACGAGCGGGAAACUGUAUUCGAAUUUUAUAAAAAAUUCCUCUUCCAAUCGAUCGUCUAUGCCGCGUACUCGUAUUUAAGAUUGAAUCAUUUGAACUAUAUCAUCACCGAUAUUAUAGAGAUGUUGAUCGUUUGGCAGUCUGUACCUCUACUGGACGAUACUAACAGCAAAGUGAUGCUGCAGAAGUUAUGGGAACUGAUCAUUUACAAAGCGUUGGUAAAAAAGACCAAUCAGACGUCCAAGCCCGUUUACAAAUAUAACAUGACCGUGAUAAAGACCAUGCUCGAAGUAUGGCAUACUUAUUUAAAACUACCCGAGAGUUUGGAUGAAAAGAUUAGAACCGCGCCCGAAGCCGCGGUAUAUUUAAUACUAAUUUGCAUCGUAAAUGGAAUGAUAAAAGAAGUCGUUCAAAGGGACGAUGUCUUAGAAUUUUUGGAGAACUCUUUGGAACAAUGGCAGAACGACGAGGAGACUGUUUUGCAGUGCUGCGAGUGUUUCGGUUUCAUCCUGAAAUUCUUGGACGACGAGCCCAAUUCAACGAGCAGAAAGGGCGCCAUAAUCGAUAAGAUUCAUAGUAUAUUGAGGCAAAUGCAAACGAAAUUCGAGAACAGGCAAAUGAAGUAUAUUCGUACACUUUGCAAAAGUUACCCUAACGCUGGUAUGAUUUAUUUUGAAUUUGUAACUGCAAAUAUAUUCAGAGUGAACGCUCUAGGCAAGUUACACUGUCUGGAAAUAUUUCUGCUGUGCAUACCUAAGCUCACUGUCGAUCAAAUAUUAAAGGAGCUGGCGUUCAUGAAGUUUCGUGAUCUAUUAACGAAUAAAAUUCUGCCCAGCGAGAUAAUCGCGUUGCAGAUCAUCGAUUCUCUGGUUCCUGUUCUUCCUCCAUCGAAUCUCUUACCUCUGGUGAAUACAGCCGUUCCUUAUGCGAAACACCAAUCGUCUGAGCACAGAGAAUGCACUUACAAUAUAUUCAUGAAUAUUUAUAAGAAAUAUGCAGUCGACACGACAGAAGACAAAAAUACAAAGGAGCUAAUGCACAGCAGCAAACAAAUGCUACUCAAUGGUACAUCGGAUCCUGCUGAACAAUUGCAGGAUAAAAUACUGAAUUUCUGGACUCAAGAUGCACAGUUGAGGUGCACUUGCGAAGAAAGAUUUCUGGAGAUUCUGAGCACCUAUACGCCUACUGUUGGCAAUAAUUUCUUGCCGUUUGCGCUCUCGAUGAUCUUCGACCUCACGAAAAAAUCUAAAAAUUAUAUGCAGACUAUGUUCGAACCUCUGCACAAUUGCACCUACAGGGACUAUAACAUAUUUCUCUCGUGGAGGACGAAAAAUUUAGGGUCUAAGGCUCCCCUGUUUGCUCCGUCUUUAGCUAGCCAAAUGAAUCAAACGUUCACUCAAACGAGUGGUGCAUUACCUAGUGCAUUCUUAGAUUUUACACAUGCUGGUAAGUCUUUCGGUUUUAACAGCGAGUUGCAGGUUCAAGCGACGCGAGAUCCCGAAUUCGAGUCGACUUACGUUAACCAAGAGCCAGUAUCGACAUCAAACGAGCUAGAACACGACGAUACUUUUAAAAUACCAGAAGUGCCGCAGCUUGAUUACAAUAAACAAUCGAGACGGUUUCUGAAAAGUUCAGCGAAUGUGUCUGCAGCUAUACGACAGAAGGAAAUCAAGAAGAACAUACAUCGCGCUGAAAUGAUAAAAGAAGAAGUUGCUCGACAAAGAGGCAGCGUAAAAUUGUACAGAAAAUACAGAAUAGGCGAUUUUCCGGACAUCGAGAUAUCUCACUCCAUGUUGAUCGAACCGUUGCAAAGAUUGGCGAAGAAGGAUCAACUGAUUUGCAAAGAUUUAAUUGUUUCCAUUGUUUGCUCGUUGCUCGAAGAGUUCAAGCAAAAUGAUUUCGUACAAAAAGUUGCUGAUAGCUUGAAAGACAUCAUCAAGAACAAACAUGGGAACAAUUCGGCCAUGGCUGUAAUUUUAGAAAUAUUGUUAGCCACUCGUAUAGCGGAUUGCCCGCCGGAAGUGAUUGCAAAGGUAUCGAGAUCGAACAAUUUGAACUUCCUUGGGUCGCUUGUCGUGGAGGAGAAUUUAAUUUACGGUAGAAACGAUUCCGAGCCGCUCAGAAAGAGAGCACGGAACGACGGUGUGCUCGAUUCGCAUAACGAGUGGCUGCAAUUGACAAAUCUUUACAAAUCUAUGAACGACGUCGACGUGGUCCUCGGAAUUUUCCGAAAUCAUAUCGAAGACGAAGAUAUGAGAGAGGCGUCGUUCGCGCAGGCGGCUAACAAUUGGACCAAAGCAAAGGCAGCGUACGAAAAAGCUUACGAAACGGAAGCGGAACUGGUAAAAGAACACUGUCUUCAGGGAUCAUUCGAAUGUUUAAGUAAUUUAUGCCACUGGAACGAAAUCGACAAACACAUAGAAAGGAAACUAGAUGGGGAUUUGAACAACAUUUGGACCGAUCCAUGGAAAGAUUGGAUGUUCCCAUGGUUGUUCGAGGUACACGUUCGCAAACUUAUAGACGGGGAGAUCAGCGACACGUUCGAAGACAACGUUCGGACAAUCGAGACUUGGUUGAAUAACGAUACGAAAGUGGAGCACAUCAAACGAUUCUUCGGCGAGGAAUCGUCCAUGUUCUUCCUAGGCAAAGAGCUGGAAGUUGCGCGCGAAUUUGUGCUAAACACGCUGAACGAAAUGAGGGAACAGUGGAUCAGACUUCAUCCCCUGUCCACUCAGUUGAGGACACGUAAGCUGCAACGGUUACGUCUAAUCAACGACGUAAAUAAGUUCAUAAAGAUUUUGAAAACGGCCAAGGAACCGUCAGACUUAAUGGAAGUCUUAAACUUCUCGAACUGCUUGCUCUCGGCGCAAGACGCUAUACUUCUCUGGGACAAAUUAACAUCCUACAGGAUAUACUUCAUCGAUCACCCGUUGACCGACAAAUUGGAAAAAUGUAUUCUAAACGAGACGCAGGAUGAUUCCGGAAGCGUUGACCGACUGCGUAUGGUCACCUUCGAUAUGCGAUUAAAAAUGAUCGAGGCAGCAUUGAACCAGAAAAACAAAUACAUAGCUAAAAAGUACGUGCAAGAAUUGGAACGGAAUUCGCGGAAUUACACGGUCGACAUGGAGCAUCGAUUCAUUUUAACCGGUGCAAAGCUAAAGUACCUCAAUGGAGAAAUUGAAACGAACGCGAAGAAGCGGCUGUCGAGUUUUGCAUCCUCGUGGAAGCAUUGUCAUAAUCUUCUGCAGAAGAGUGACCUUGAUCCCACGAUUAACGUCGACGUACGACGGCAAAUCAGCAUACUAGCUUCGAAAAUUGCGGAAUUAAGCGAAGAAAACGAAACUCUGGCCGAGCUGUUGACGAGAAACACCGUGAUUUUGGAUACUAUAAACGCUGAGAACAAUGACCCGCCUGCUAUCAUAGACACGUUGAAAAGUUACGGUUUCGAUCAUUUGAAAGUGUGCUGCGACACAACCACGAACAUCAAGGAUUGCUAUUUUAUGCUUUCGAAGUACUGUUACGAUAGAUUGUCACGAGGCAACAGUAGCGCUCAGUUCAGCAAGAAAUUUGUGAAUGCUACAUUGAAGGCAAUGAAUUAUGGGUCUCUCGAAGCAACGCACUAUUUCUCAUGCUUGUUAAAACCCGAGUAUUUUGAGGACGAAGAGACGAAAGAUAUAUUUUUAAAGGAGAGCGAAGGGGUUGAAACUUGGCUGUUUCUAUCAUGGCAGGCGCAGUUGUUCUCGCAUUUGGGAACGUCCAUCGCGCCGUUGAUCAUACCUAUCCUUAAACGAAUCGUUGAGACUUAUCCGAACGCGGUCAUUUACACGUUGCGUUUAACCGUGGAAACGAAUCCGACUCUUCUGAACGAAACGAAAACUUACGAGAUUCGACGGAUUCUCGACCACCGACCCGAAAUCAAUCAAUUUUUAAAGGCGAUGCAGUACGUUGUUCAACCAGAAUUGUACUUGCAACAUUAUCUACUCGAAUUCGUAAAGAACUUGUCGCUUGGAACGUCCACGGCUGUAGAUAUACUUCUAAAAAAAGUGUAUCCAAGCUCGCGAGAGGACAGGCAUGAUCCAAAGCCGGGAUUCAUCUUCAAUAAAAUUGCAAUGUACAAAAGUAAAAUAAAGGAACUGGAACGCAAAAGGUCUGACGAAAUUAGGCGACACGUGCUGAAAAUGAUCCAGACUAUCAAGAACUCUAGUGGUAAGUUUCGAGACAGACAGAAGCUACGGAACUAUAGUCCAUGGUUGCACCAAUUCUCUGGAGGCGACAUAGAAAUACCUGGACAGUACACGGGGGACAGAAAACCUAUGCCUCAGUAUCACGCGAAAAUUGUGAGGUUUGAGCCUAACGUGAAGGUGAUGCAUUCGAUACGGAAACCCGUUCGAAUCACUAUGCUGGGCAACGAUGCAAAGGAAUACCAUUUUCUGGUGAAAUUUGGUGAAGAUUUGAGGCAAGAUCAAAGAUUGCAACAGUUGUUCACCAUUAUGAACAAAACAUUAAAUAUUGACGCUGCUUGCAAACAGAGACAUCUAUCAAUUGAUACUUAUCAAGUAAUCCCUUUGUCGAGAACAGUAGGUCUCAUACAAUGGAUAGAAAAUACAAGAUCACUAGAUGAAUUAAUACAUUUCACGUUAUCGACGCAAACGAUAAAUCGUUACGAUUCCAUAGCCAAAGAAUACGAAGGAUGGGUACGAAGCGCAGCACCUUCUACAAAUCAACACGAAAGGUAUAAAGAAGCCACGAUCAAGCAUAACGCUUCGACAGUGAUCGCCAAGAUGACAGAGUUUAUCGGUAAAACCGAAUGGGACAGUUUACGCAAGACGAUCAUGGUACUGUGCCCGUCCAUAGAAAGCUUCGUUACUAUGCGACGAAAUUUCAUCACUACGUACGCUACUAUGUGCGUCGCGCAUUGGAUAUUGGGCAUCGGUGAUCGCCAUCUUGGAAAUGCUCUUAUUAGUGUCAGUUCAGGACGUUGCUUGGGUAUCGAUUUUGGGGUAGCUUUCGGUGCUGGCAUCGAUCAAAAGGUUCCCGAAUUAAUGCCGUUUCGUCUAACCUCUCAAAUUCUUGGCUUGCUAAAGCCUUUCGACGAGAAGGAUCUUCUGGGGGCGAUAAUGAUUCACACGUUACGAGCAUUAAGAAACGAACCGGGCCCCAUUUUAUCUUGCAUGGAUGUUUUCGUACAUGAACCACUAAAUUGGACGGAGCACGUUAAUAAGGCGUUAAGAGACACCGAUGUCGAUAUCGCGGACGUGAAAUGGGUGCCCAUGAAAAAAAUAAAGGCGGUCAUGAGAAAAUUGGAUGGAGUUAAACCGUCUUUAAUUACCUUGGAACAAUUAAAAGAGCAACAUAACGAUAAAUAUUACGAUAGAUAUUACGUUAUAGUUACCGGGGACGACGAUAUUAAGCGAAAUCGGGCAAGAAUGGAAAAUAAUAAUUUAACGCCAGAGCAACAGGUUGAGUGCCUACUGGACCAAGCGACCGACUUAAAUAUUGUAGGUCGAUCGUUCGUGGGAUGGAAACCGUGGCUUUAACAUGUUCGUACGUACCGUAUCGAUAAUUAUUUUUAAUUAUAUUAAUAGAGCGUUGAUAUAUUUUGUAUAUAAAUGUAUUUUUUAUUUCAAAUAAAAAUUUGU